GAGACAAGAGUUGUGAGGACAGAUAGAAGACAGAAGUGCAAGAACAACAAUGUGGAAAUCAGGAUCUAUUAGCGUUCUGUUGCUGACUCUUUUUUUGAGGGGUGGCAACUUCUUAACAAUGGAGAGAGGUUUUGCUGUUGAUCAUACUAAUGUCACCAAGCACUGCGUUAUGCCUAAAGCGUGUGGUGUGCAUGGCUUCACUGAUUGGUUCAAAGUGGGCCACCACUGUGUCAAAUACUUCAACACCCCUGACAACUUCACUGAAGCCGAGUUCAAGUGUAGGGCCAAAGCCCCUGGUGCUCAUCUGGUGUCAGUGCAUAAUAACAAGGAUAAUGGUUACUUGCUCUGCAUUGUGUCAAAGUUUAACCCAGGAAACCUGCGCUUAUGGCUUGGAGGCUUUGAAUUCUUUCAGUCUGGUAAAUUUUUUUGGAUUGAUGGAUCCUUCUGGGAUUAUCAAGUUUGGACACGUGGUGAGCCCAACCACAUCUACACUGGCAAGGAGGAAUGCGUGGAGAUGAACUGGAAAGAGGUUGGCAGGUGGAAUGACGACUCUUGUAGUUCCAAGAAAAACUACAUCUGUGCCUUCAAACAACAUGGCAUGUUGGAAAAAGACCUGGAGUAGAUGGAGCAGUUUUAUCCGAGUAUCAUCCCAUAAAACUUAAAAUGAUUUUCUCUGCAUCAACAAAAACUUAAAAAAAUAUAUAAAAACAAUUCUUUCUUAAAAUGAUAAUAAAGAACUUUUGCAAUUAAAACGA